AUGCCCUCUGGAAACACACCUACUGUCAGGCUGCUGCACUUCAACGAUGUUUAUCGUCUCGAGCCUUCGGAACACGAUCCAGUUGGGGGUGUUACUCGCUUCCAGAGCCUGUGCAACCACUAUAGACAAGAUCCGAAGUAUCAAGGGCAACCGGAGCUUAUCACGCUCUUCUCAGGGGACGGGUUCGGCCCGAGUCUAGAGAGCAGUGUAACCNNAAAGGUUGUUUGCUACGUCCAGUAUGGACUCUGGGAUCACAAGCUGACAUCCAAUGGGACAGGCGCUCAUAUGGUUCCAAUCUUGAACAACGUACCAGUCGCUGCCGCUUGCGUCGGCAAUCACGAGCUUGACAUGGGCGUUCCUCAAUUCGAGCAUCUCGCUUCUCAAUGCAAUUUCCCUUGGCUGCUAGCCAAUGUUACAGACCCAGCGCUAGGCGACGACGUUCCUCUGGGACACGCACAGAAGACCGCCAUGCUCACAUCGUCCACCGGAGUCAAGAUCGGACUCAUUGGUCUAGCUGAGAAGGAGUGGCUCGAAGCCGUCAAUUCUCUGCCAACCAAUCUGGUACACACCGAUCCUGUCAUCACAGCCCGUAGCGUGAUACCAACCCUCCGAGCUGAAGGCGCUGAAAUGAUCAUUGCUCUAUGUCAUCAGAGAGAGCUCCAUGACACUAGACUGGCGCAGGAGGUACCGGAUAUAGAUAUCAUACUCUCUGGCCAUGACCACCACUACCGCCACUCUAAAGUACGCGAAACUCACAUCGUGUGCUCUGGCAGCGACUACAAGCAGCUCAGCUAUAUCGAAGCGUCAAGGAAUGAAUUGCUUGACAAGCUGUUCUCGUCUCUCCAAAACAAGCUGCAGAAAGUAGUCGGCUAUACCGCCGUGCCACUAGAUUGCCGUUUCAGCACUGUCCGGAGCCAGGAAUCCAAUAUGGGCAAUUUCGUUUGCGAUUUGAUGCGCUACUACUACGACACUGACUGUGCGAUGAUUGCUGGAGGUACGAUCCGAGCCGAUAUGGUCUACCCUCCAGGUAUCUUACGACUCAAGGAUAUCGUCGAUUGGUAA